AUGGCUCUUCAAAAACAUCUCCUCUCAUUCGUAGUCAUUCUUCUCUCAUCUCUUUCAUGUUACACCACUGUUCAUGGGGAUCCACCCCAUAAUUAUGAUCGGGCAUACCCUUUAUUUUUUGGCCCCAUUGACGAUGGUACGUUUGAGAACUCUAUCAACCUUGAGCACACCAACUUUAGGUUGAAGAAGGUUGAUGAAGUGCGUAGUCUUAGAGCUUCAGUUAAGACAGUUAGUGUAGAUGAUUUUGGAGCUAAAGGUGAUGGCAAAACAGAUGACACAGAGGCAUUUAAAAAGGCUUGGGAAGUAGCUUGUUCAUCAUCUACAAUAGCUGUUUUUGUGGUGCCCGAGAACAAAAAUUAUCUUGUCAAGCCGGUUACAUUCUCAGGGCCUUGCAAUUCUGUUCUUACAAUGCAGGUCUAUGGAAUCAUUAAAGCAUCUGAUUAUCAAUCCGACUACAACGAAGACGGAAGACACUGGCUUCUAUUUGACAAUGUUCAGAAUCUAAUGGUUGAAGGUGGUGGGAUAAUCAAUGGAAAUGGGGAUAUAUGGUGGAAAAACUCUUGCAAAAUCAAUAAAGAACUUCCAUGCAAAAUUGCACCAACGGCGUUAACCUUCUACAACUGCAAGAACCUGACACUGAAAAAUCUGAGGAUACAAGAUGCACAACAAAUUCAUGUUUCGUUUGAGAAAUGUGUGAAUGUUGGAGCUUUUAGUCUCACGGUCACUGCACCAAAGGGAAGCCCUAAUACUGAUGGAAUUCAUGUUGCAAACACUCUAAACAUCCAUAUUAAAAGAUGUGUUAUAGGGACAGGCGAUGAUUGUAUUUCUAUUGUGAAUGGGUCCAAGCUGGUGAAUGUCACGGAUAUUACUUGUGGACCAGGUCAUGGUAUCAGCUCGAUCGGUAUUGGAAGCUUAGGAGCUGGAGGUGCAGAAGCUUAUGUUUCAGAUGUGACAGUAAAUGGAGCUAAUCUUACCGGAACUACAAAUGGAGUCAGGAUCAAGACAUGGCAGGAAGGAUCAGGAAGGGCACGCAACAUUAAGUUUCAGAAUAUCCAAAUGAAUAGUGUGUACAACCCUAUAAUCAUAAACCAGAACUACUGUGAUCCAUGCAAAGAUCGGAGAACGGUUGUUGAAGUGAAGGAUGUGGUGUACCAGAAUAUAAAAGGCACAAGUGCUUCUGAAGUGGCUAUAACAUUUAAUUGCUGUAGCAGUGUUCCAUGUCAAGGGAUUUUGUUGCAAAAUGUCAACAUAAAAGGUGACAAAGGUGAAACAACCAAAGCCAUAUGCAACAAUGUCAACUUCAAUGACAUUGGAGUCGUUUCGCCAAAAUGCCCUUAA